CCUUUAAUCUGAACUGUCACCCGGCAGUUGUCGAUGACCGUGUCGGUGCAGCACAUAGACGAGACCAGCGGAGAGUAAACAAACCUCCGGUUUCUGACAGCUGCAGAAACACCAAACCCUCCAGAGUGAGAGGAAAAUGUCCGGACUGCAGGGUUUGAAGGCAUUUAUCAGCCAGCGGCUCACCGCUGCGGUGGACGACGUCCUGGGACACCUGGAGAGAACCUUCCGGGAGUACGAGGAGGAGAGGGAGCGCCGCCACCGGGACCUGCUGGAGGUGUUUCUGACGGCCGAGACGAAGCAGCGCGGUGCAGUGUGUCCAUCAGAUGUUCAGCAGGUUGUGGUGAAUGUAGACCAACAGCAGAAGAGGAGCUUCUGUCUGGAUCAGGAGGACGCUCAUAUUAAAGAGGAGAAGGAGGAGCUGUGGAGCAGUCAGGAGGCUGAUAUCACUGAGUUCCCCUCCUCUCCUGUCCCUGUGAAGAGUGAAGAUGAUAAAGAGAAACCUGAGUCUUCACAGCUUCAUCACAGCCACACUGAGGAGAACAGGGAUUCUGUGGGAGAAUCGGAACCAGAACCACGUUUACAGUCAGUCACUGGAGACAAAGCUUCAGACUCUGAACCUGAGACUGAAAUCAGUGACGACGACUGUAAACAGAGCAGAGACCCUGAACCAGACUCUGUGCAACAUCACCGCACUUCAGUAAACGAAGGUGGAAAAAAGUUGUUUAUCUGCAGUGAAUGUGGCCGAAAGUUUGGUCGUAAAGACAGCCUGCGGAGACACAUGAGAUACCACACCGGAGAGAAACCGUACAGCUGCUCCGUUUGCAGCAAAAGAUUCUCUCAGAGGCCAAACUUAAUCCGCCAUAUGAGAUGUCACUCAGGAGAGAAACCUUUUGGCUGCUCGUUCUGUGAGACUAGUUUUGCUGUGCGCAGUGCUCUGGUGAACCACAUGAGGAUCCACACAGGGGAGAAACCGUUCAGCUGCUUGUACUGUGAGAAAAGUUUCACACAGAAGGGAGGUCUGAAGAAACACAUGACUGUUCACACAGGAGAGAAACCCUACAGCUGCCCAGUGUGUGAGAAAAGCUUUUCACAGAAAGCAAACCUGACUUAUCACUUCUCAGUGCACACAGGACAGAAACAGUUUGGCUGCAGCGUCUGUGAUAAAAGAUUCACGUGGCAGUCGCAGGUCAAAAGCCACAAAUGUGUUGGAGAGAGCAGCAGCUAAAACUGCAGAAUUGCCAGAAUUACUGUAAAUAGAAACAAAAGUCAACACUCUGCAUUCCCACACUCCCAAUACAAACUUCUGAACAAGCACAUUUAUGGAAUAUGACUAUAAAACAGGGAUGGUGGUUUUUGCACAGCUACAGUGUGCACAUGUGCACAGUGCACAUUUAUAACAAGAAAAGCGCUCAGAGAGAGCAGUAGUCUGGCAGGGCUGCUCUGUCAUUUUAGGAUUUCUGACAGAUAAGUCCCAAUAGGUCCACAGCGGUCACAAUCAUGUGAUCAUUAACAGGCAGCUGACAUAGCGUUCACUUGUCAUAGAUACAGUGAUGCCUGGCCACUAUCUCGCUAUGAUACAGAAAUCUUUAACAAAUCUGUGAAUCCAGACUAUAAGCUGCAUCACUGCCAAAAUUGGAUCACUUGGUCCUUGUGUCAUUUCUGACCUUUCCUGAAAAUUUCAUCCAAAACCAUUUACCUGUUUGUGAAUAAUGUUGCUAACAGGCAGAUUGAAGGACAAACGUACACCAGUCGUCACAUUACUCUGUUCCUUGGCGGAGUAAUAAACUAGUGUAUCCGAUUGGAUGAUCUAAAAUCGUUGAAUGUCCUUAAUGACAGAAUGAUUUCUGGAUGAAGGAUGAAACUUGCAGAGUAGCAGUGCAGCCUUUGGGUGGGUUGUGUCCUCCAAAAUACUGAAAAAGCACCAAUCUGCCCCCCCCCACACACACCCCCCACCAUACAGUAGAAAAUAUGUUAAAUAUAUUCUCCUUUAAUGAACAUGUUGGUGCAUCUGUCUGUUGUAAUUUCCUGUAAUUAAUUAUUAACACAAAAACCUUGUUUACCAUCAGAUCCUGGGUUUUUGACAUUAUUGCUGCUGUGUUUGAAUGCAAAUCGCUUAGUUUAAAGAUGCAUUUAUGGCUUGUCCUGACAUGUGAUGCUGCAGGUAUUUAUUAAAGUCAAAGGAUGAACUCUGUAAUAUACAAAGGUUAUCUGUAGGUUUAUUAAUGUUGCUGUAGAAUUUUGAAUUACAGCCAGUGAAACAUGAUCAUUACAGUUUCAGACCUGCCUGAGCCACAUUAAUAGCUAUAUUUUAGCAGCUAUGCUAACAUACUGUGUGACUGAUACCUGUGGAGACGAACUGAGGCUCUAAACAUUGCAGUUUUCAUUCUGGAACGAUUUCUGUGCAGAAAUGUGAAGCUCACUGUAAACAGCAGCUUUACAACGCAUGAUGCAUAAAGACUGGCUGGAUGCAUCUUGUAAUGUGCAACAACAUAUUCUUACCUCCCUCUGAUGCUCCAAGUAAAGCACAAGUCAGCUGUCUUUAUUACGGGUUUAUUAUGGCAGAGGAAUUAUUUGCUUAAAAGUGUCUCGAAAUGAAUCAGUUGUUUAUUUAAUUUAAGCUUGUGUUCUAAUUGUAUUAUGGGAUCUGUGUUCCCCCAAAUGUCUGAUGCCAUCGCAUGAGUGUGACUUUUACAGCACGUCUUGGUCAUGAUGGCGGUCAUUCACUCUGGAUGCAGCAACAAACAGUUCAAAUAAACGUUCAGUGAGAAAUUA